AUGUCGACUCAACAAACUGCAAAGACACAGUACGUCGACGUCGAUGGAGUCCAAGUCGCUUACCGUCUUUUCGGAUCAUCCACCGGUGUCCCACUUCUCUUUAAUCAGCAUUUUCGUGGGACCAUGGAUCAUUGGGACCCUCUCCUGAUCAAUAAUCUCGCCAAGACCCGACCCAUACUCCUCUUCGACAGCUACGGCGUCGGCAAAAGCUCUAGAAAUGUCCCAGAUACAUUCGCAGGAUGGGCAACUGUAGCUGUUAAUCUCGUGAAAGCUCUUGGGAUCAAAGAAAUCAACGUUUUUGGGUUUUCUAUGGGCGGAAUGGUCGCACAGAUGAUUGCCCUAAAUGCACCCGAGGUGGUGCGAAGACUCAUCAUCGGCGGCUCCAGCCCAAGCUAUGGCGAGGGAAUCGUCUCCGGACCUGACUGGCCAUUCCCAAAAUUGAUGAAGGCUUCCACUCCGGAAGAGAGCGAGGAUGCGUUUUUGAGCACAUUUUACAGUCAUACUGAGGAAAAACAGCGGCUCGGUAGAGAAUGGUGGGCCCGAAUGAAUGAGCGUACCGAAGAUCGUUCACCCUAUGUCAGUCCAGAGCAGACGGCACGACAGGCUGGCGCUGCAGCGAAAUGGUUCAGUCCUGGAAACGAAGAAAGUGGUUCGUAUCAUCGUCUCCAUGAAUUGAAGAUGCCAAUCUUUAUUGUGAACGGAGACGAUGAUAUCAUUGUCACGACCGAGAAUAGCAUUGUCAUGCACAAGCAGAUUCUGAAGGGAAAUAAGAAUGCGCAUCUCCACCUGUACCCUGAUACUGGACAUGGGUUCUUGAACGAGUAUUCUGAGAUGUUUGCUGCUCAUGUUACAUUGUUCUUGGAUAUGCAAAGAGUGGUUUGA